AUGGAUUUUGGUAGUACAGGAGCAAUGAGAAGCCCUUUCUCACCUCGAGUUAGGCAAUCGAUAACAGGACGAAGACCCAUGGGGCUCUCGUCUACUAAAAAGAACCAAAGUAAGUUUAUGCAGUCCGCAGGGGAUCAAAGUGGUGAUGUUGUCUAUAAAACUCCAAUGACUACUAUAGAAACUUAUGGGAUGCCUUUGCCAGUGAUGGUCACAGAGGCUCUUACAUUUGCCAGUGGUGAGGUAAGCGUCCGGAUGUCACCAUGCGGUUGGUGUUGGGUAGUAUCUGGCCGCCGAAUAGUAUCAUGGGCACGUAGUCCCAGUAGCUCUGGUAUGUCUUCCCCUGCCCCAGGAAGCACCAUAGCAAGAGAACUCACACUACCUCAGACAGAUUUAGCGCACAAAGCAGACCUUGUAGUGAUAUUUUAUGAGGAUGGAGCACAGAUGCCGUCCUGUAUUGGUGUAUCACCUGAAGGCACAGUCCGCUACUGGUCAUCUGUGGGUCAGGAAGGUGUAUAUGUAGAUAUAUCCUGUGAGCUAGCAGGUCAGGAGUGUGAGCGUCUAAGUGACUACACUCCUGAGGGAUUGGUGCUGGCCACCACCACAUGCACAGUUGUUCUUCUGACACCUACUGUUGUUGAUGGACGCGCGACAGUAACAUGCCGCCAACUACGACCGCCGAGCGGGUGGUUGGGUGGCAUCGGACGUCGCGUGUCGCUGCUGUUCUUUGGAUCAAUGCCUGCUCAUGCUGACACUAAACUAGUAGGCGUGGUGGUAUUACCAGGCAGUGGUGAGACAGAGAGCACCAUCGCGUUGGUGUCGGGCGGGCCCGCGCUGCAGCUGUGGCGCGGAACGGAGCUGUACGAACACGAGCUGAGGAGACCGCUCACUGAGGCUCACGCCAGGGACCAUCUAGCGCCACAUGGGGACCUGAACAGCCUUGAGAUCAUGGCUCUGGACGUUCGUGCUAGUGGAAACAACGGUCUGUUGCUACUCAUCGCUACCGUCAAUGUUGCCCGUUCACCAGAGAUGAGAUAUGCUAUAGCUCACAUCAGCGUGGAGGACCCGAGCCACCCGCGCGUGACGUCACUGGCGCUGGCGCGGGGCUGGGCGGCCGAGGGGGGGGAGGCGCCGCGCUUCGUGCCGCUGGCUCACCGCGCCAUGCUCUACACCACCAACUACAUCGCGCUCGUCUCCACGACAAUGUCCAACGACAAGGUGGACUACAUAGACAUAUGCGGGGCGGGGGACAGGGUGCUGGGCGCGGAGAUUUGUGGGGGGGUGCCGUUAAUCUUCAGCGCCAAGCAUGGAGUGUUGGCUCUCCUGUGCAACGACAAUAUGAUAUCUACGCCUUCUAUGUGCGAGAGUCCGAUGGGAUCACCUUGUCCGUCUGAUACUUGCGAAGGCAAUUUGUCUCUAUAUGCCAUCGAUCCACAUGAGGUGAGCCUGGUGACGCGCGACGCGUGCGGCAAGCUGAAGACGGCGUUCCUGUUCCACGUGCGGCGCGACGCCGUGGCGUGCCGCGCGCUCGUGGCCGAGCUGUUCGCGGGCGCGCCCAGCGAGCGCGACGUGGACAGCGUGCUCGACCGCACCGUGCUCACCAUCGCCACGGAGAUGCUGGACGACGUGCCCACCGGAGACCCCAGGUGGAAGCCCCGCGGUGGACGAGUCGCAGACGUGAGCCUGGGUAGUUCCGCCGCGCUGGAGCUAGAGGUGCAGCUGCGGGACAAACAGCGCGCGUUCACACUCUUCAUAGACUUCCUUCGUGCCGUAGGAUUAUGGCAGAGACUCGGCUUAGUCACAAAUGAGUCCGGCGGGGGAGUGAUGAGCACGGAGAGCGCGCUGGGCGCGUUGGCCGAGCAGCUCGCCAUCGCCACCACUCUCCGCAAACUGCAGCACGGGGCUGACGGCCAACUUAUAGACGCUGCCAUUAACGAGGUGGUGAACGGCAGCAGCUCGGAGGGGGAGGAGGAGGAGUGGGUGGAGGAGGCGCUGUCGUCGGGCGCGCUGUCCCCCGUGGACGUGUGCUACCGGCGCGCGUCGCGCGUGUGGCGCGUGCUGCGCGCGCUGGCGCGGGCCCCCCCCCCGCAGCACGCGGCGCGAGCGCGCGCGCUGCACGACGCCGCCACCAUCAACAUAUUGACCAGCGUGAUGCAGGCGGUGCACAAGGUGCGCGCGCAGUGGCAGGCCAACGGCAGCGCGGCACCCGCCUCGCCCCCCUCGCCCCACUCGCCCCACUCGCCCCCGCUGGGGCCCCGGGCCCUGCUGCCCGCGCUCGUCGACCUGCACAAGCGGGCCCUCACCGGGUUCGCGCUGAACUGCGGCGAGGCGAGCUUGCGCGCGGCGCUGUACGAGGCGGCGGGCGCGCUGGCCGACCUGCUGCUGAGCGAGGCCGACCACCUGCGGCACUCCUCGCACACCGCGCAUCUGUACGAGCGCAUGCGCAGGGACGUCAUACAGCCCUUCAUUGAUGAGGGGCAGGUGGAACGCGCCGCAGCCCUCGCUGAGAAAUUCAAGGACUUCGAGCUUCUCAUCGAGAUGUGCAUUAAGAACGAUGACUACGAUCGAUUGUUUUCUUAUAUCGAUAAAUAUACAUCUGAGGGCAUGGCGGAGACGACGUUCGCGUGGCUGGCGGAGCGGUCGGGGCGGCUGCGCGCGGCGCUGGUGCGGGUGGUGGGCGUGCGCUGGGCGGGGCGGCUGCGCGAGUGGCUCGGCGCCGCCCCCCCCCGCGCGCCGCUGCUGGCGCUGCACCAGCUGCAGCACGCGCACCACCUCCGCGCCGCCGCCACGCUCGCGCACCUCGCGCGCAACGAGCACGACUCGCUCGGCAGGAUGACGACUAUGGCAUCUCUGGCCAAACUUUGCCUGGUAGCAUCGGACGAAACCGAUGUUCAAACAUCAGAGAUUUGGCAAAAACUGGAGUCGCGACUGUCACUUGCAGAACUACACACGUCGCUACCGCGAGACAUCAAAAUACAUCACGGGCUAGACGAGGAUGAUACCAAAGUGCUGCCGCCAGAAGAACUAGUCCAGAUGUACAUAGAGUCGGACAGUAGCUCAUUGACAGAAUAUGACUAUAAGAAGGCACUUGAUCUCACCGAUUUUAUCCAAGACAUGGAACGUCGAGAUGAUCUGCGUCUUAGGGUUUGGUGCGCGUGUAUCUGUCGCGACGACUGGAGCAAUUGUCGCGUGGACUCGCCCAAUGAUGAACUGAACUCUAAAAUGUUCUUCAGACUCAUUGAUCUUGUGCAUAUUAUGGGCGGUGACUUAGAACUUUUACUUCCACCCGUCGAGGAUAUCCUCACUGCUCCAGAGCUGGCGGAGCUGGUCUCCGACUCCCGGUUCCACUUCAUCAUCAAGUACGGCUACGAGUGCGUCGACACCACACGCAACAUCAUGGUUGAAGGUUAA